UUUCCCCCUCACAACACUCGCUUCCUGACAACCACUGCCAAAGGACUAGCAGGCGCAGCACAUUCCCAGAUUCCAUCACUUGACGGGGUCUGGAACAAGAAAAAGAGGAGAGGAAGGAAAAAAAAAAAAUCCUAACUUUUAGCCGGUUGUUGUGACAACUUGAAGCUCUCCUUAGCUGCCUGUAGCUCCAGUGUUAUGACUUCUACUACGGGAUAAAGGUGCUGACUGAGGCCAGAUGUUGGAUGACAGAAGAAGAGAAACGCACCCCAAGUAGCUAAGCCAGCAUCCGCCUUAUUUUCCCAUCCAUUAACAUUUUCACAGAUCUGUUUUAAGUAGGAAAUUAGAUUGGAUCAAAGUGGGAAGUAGACUGACGACGGCUCGGCUGGACUGAAGUUGGAGAAACUUAGCAGUUUGCGUGCAGUCUGACAGGGCUUGUGUUUCUGGCCGGUCUCGGCCCGGCUCGACCCAACCUGGCUCAGUGGCACAGUGUUGGGCGAUGACAGACAGUUGUCUCCCAACAUGUUGAGUCUGGAUGGUUUGGAGAUGAUCGCUGUGCUGGUGGUCAUGGGUCUCUUCAUCAAAGUCCUGGAGCAGUUUGGGAUGUUUGAGCCUGUCGGCGGGGAAGACAGCGUGGAAGAUGACUUUGAGUUAUCCACUGUGUGUCAUCGUCCUGAAAGCAUGGACAAGCUGCAAGAGCAAACCAAGUUCACCAAGAAGGAGCUGCAGGUUCUCUACAGGGGCUUCAAAAAUGAGUGUCCGAGUGGUGUGGUGAAUGAAGAGAACUUUAAGAACAUUUAUUCGCAGUUCUUUCCUCAGGGAGAUUCAAGUAUGUAUGCACAUUUUCUGUUUGAAGCCUUCGACACUAACAAGAAUGGCUCGGUUAGUUUUGAGGACUUUGUAUUUGGCCUGUCUAUCAUCCUUAGAGGAACCAUUAAUGACCGGCUAAACUGGGCAUUCAAUCUCUAUGACCUGAACAAGGACGGCUGCAUCACCAAAGAGGAGAUGCUGGACAUCAUGCAGUCUAUCUAUGACAUGAUGGGGAAAUACACAUACCCCACUAUGCAGGAUGACGCCCCAAGAGAACACGUGGAGAGCUUUUUCCAGAAAAUGGACAGGAAUAAAGAUGGAGUCGUUACCAUAGAGGAAUUCAUCGAGUCAUGCAAAAAGGAUGAGAACAUCAUGCAGUCCAUGCAGCUGUUUGACAAUGUCAUCUAAGAAUCUGGACCACGGAGAACGGCACCAGGGAGGGGUGUGUGUAAGAGGAAUCAAGGUUGUGAGAGAGGAAUGAUCUGUGAAUGCUUGUUUGUAUGUGUGUGUGCGUGGAUGUCUUCUGAUUCGUAGGUGUCUCUGUUGAAAGCUGUGAGUUUGAAGGGCAUUUGCAGCCCUCUCCCUCUUCCUGGACGCCCAGUGGCCAUUUUUCAAGCGACAACGGAGUUAACCUGACUCCCUUUCUCAUCAUGCAGAACCUUAGUUUCCCCCCAGAGACAGAAGGCAAGCAGCGGGCCCACAGAUACUGGCUCACUUAUGACCCCUCACCUGUGUUAUUGUAACUUUUAUUUGUAACUGCUGCUGAUGGAAGAACCUGCCUGUUAUGGCUGAACUCAGAGGGACGAAGAUUCCCCCCUAAACUACGAUCUGAGAUCAUGUUUACCCCUUUUUCUCUGUUAUGGCUGACAUUAGGAUUUGUGAAUCUGAUCCUGCCUCUGUGCAUGUGGGUACCACUUCCCUGGAGCUGCAAGACUGCUGAUUCCCCGGCCAUAUAUAGGAAUGAAUCUACUACCAUCUAGUGGACGCAAGACAGAAGGACGCUCUUCCAGAAGGGAAGAACAGAUGGGAGGGGAAAUCCAUCCUGUUUUACAGAUGGAGGUGUUGUUUUCCAUGAAGAACUGAUUUCAAUAUCGCAUGAUGAUGUCACUAAUAUCCAGUUAUGUAUUUACAGAGAUACUCCAAAGUCUGCUUGUCUGUCUGCUGUUCCUAGUCAUUCACAGGUGCCUCACCCUUUGUGUAUGUGCGUGUGCAUGUGUAAAAGAAAGAGAUGUCAUUCAUCUUACCUACGCUAACCAGACAACCACCUCCAUUCAUGAAAUUCUGGUAGAAUAAUUCCUGGCCUUCCAACCUAUUACAGUCCUAGCUGUAGAUGUCUAUUGACUGUUGUGCAUUUUCUAGCAUUCCCAGUGGUGUGAUAUUCAAGUAGGCAGUACAGUGUGGGGAUCGUGCUAGGAGUGUGACGAGCUGACCAUCGCAGGCUUUUCUCAGUACAGGACUACACACCACAGUUGUACUUGUCUAACAAUAUACAUUCAAAGGGGGAAUUAGAUCGUACUUGUGAAAUUAUUGUAAAAGGAAAUGUCAUGUGGUUGUAGCAGGUUCCACCAAAAAAAGAAAAAAAAAACAACAAAAAAACUCAAAACCCAUUCAAUUAGGCUCAUUCGAUCUCACUCUAUUAAAGAGGCAUAGUAUGUAUGUGCGUUGGUAGUGAGAGCGACAUGGUUUAAUAUCAUACACAUUUCUUUUUUGUGCCUCCCCUCCAUGUUCUCCCUCUCUCUGUAACACCAAAGAGACGAUAUAAAUUAAGAGGUAUUUUGACCCACUACGUUAAGAAAGCCCACCAGUGGGUGAAGAGAGAGGGAGAUACUGUUGAGUAAAUUGGACAAGGGGCAAUCAGAGUUAAAAGGAGAUCUAAUUUGGUAUACUAAUACUCUAAACCUAAGCAUCAUUUUAGGUUUUAAAUCUUGAAGUGAACACUAAAGAGAAAUUUCAGUCACUUUUCUGUUAAUUCACCAAAUAUUCUUUAAGAUGUUUCAAGUACCACAGGAACUCAAGGCAUUAUUUUGUAGUGUCCUUUAAAUGAAGAUAACCAUAAAAUAGCAAUAACGUUCUUUACCAUGUAUCAGCACCUUUCUGCUCAUCCCACACCUCUUCAUUCCUGUGAGACAGUAUAAGGGUACAAUACAGCCCUCAUGAAUAUAUGCACUUCCAACCUGUAACUUAUUUUCUGUCUUCUGCUUUUUUAAACUUUUUUCUGAGAAAAAAGUGGUUUGGCUCUGAUUGUUUCUUGCCAAUUUUUGACUUUCAUUCCUAACCACAAGUAAAACCUGUCUAUACCCGCAUGUACUGUGUCUUCUAGAAAAAAUGAAAACCUACUAACCCGUUGUACUGACUGUCUAGUUAGCUAGCCUCAACUGGUUGCAUUAUGUAUUCAAAAUAUGUAUAUUUUGUACAGAGACAAUAAAAUCACAGUUACUAUGCAA